CAAACGCCGCUGACUCACCCGCUCCGCCGUGGGCUGCGCCUGGACCGCCUGCCGUGCGGAGCCCCGACACCCGUGUCCCGUCCCCGUUACACGUCUCGGUGUCUCCCGUAGGACCCGGAGAGGGUGAAUCCCUCCAGGGAACAUGCACCCACAGCUUGGAGAGCAAAAGAAGCAGUUUUCUGCAGGUGCCGGUACCCGCAGCCUCUCGCGCCCGUGGACGUCGCCCUGGGAAGUUGUACCAGCCGUGCUGGGAACAGAACCUGGAACGCUUUGAUCCAGCGCCGGAACGAACAUCACCUGUUCACUCACCGAUCUGAAGAGGAAACAUGUCACUUGUGGCAGUACCAGCUGAGUUGGCACCCCACAGAUGGGACUCUGCAGCAUAAACUGAAACAACGGGACCUGGCCAGGGACAGGUGAGUUCGAGUCUCUCCUGUUCUCCCGAUUUGUUUCUUUUCUUUAUAUUUUUAUUAGAGUUCAAGUCUCUAAAUAUAUUUACAAGGAUGGGGGCUGGACCCUCAGUUCCUAAAAAUACGCCUUUGGCUGAAAUGAUUUCAAAUUGGGGAAGAUUGUCAGGAACCGCAGGGUUGCACAUAAAAAGAUUAAUUGCCCUCUGCCAAGAUGAUUGGCCUUUUAUAAGCAGAGUGGCUGGGGCUUCCCUUGAUGAUCGGUGGCCGAUUUAUGGCUCAUUUGAAGAAACUAAAUUGCAGUCUCUCCGUAAAAUCCUGGAGGACCGCCAGCCCCAACAAAUGGACUAUUUGUAUUUGUGGUUUGACUAUGCUGAUAUACGAAAACGAAAACAACUGCAGAAGAGCAUGAAUAAACACCAACUACUUGCUUAUCUGGAUGAUGAAAUAAGUGACAAUUCUAAGCCCAAAACUGAUUCACCUGCAGGUAUUUUCCCUAUGACUUUAUCCUAUGUGGCUAAUCCCAGAGCUGGUCGUAGUAACGCUGGCAACCAGCCACCGCUUCUCAGGGUAACUACACAUUACCCCUGGAAACCAGGUGAUCUUUUACUCUGGCAUGAUAAAAUGCCGCGACUCCGUGAUGACGCGGAGCGAUGCUCUAAAAUAAUUCGAACCAUUGCCCGAGAUUACUCUCCCAGCUGGAAUGAUAUGCAAACACUUUUGUCCGAAUUAUUUACACAUGAGGAGAAACAAAAGAUCCUGGCCAAAGAUAAAGAAUUGGCUGAACAGAUACAGGGACGUAAUCCCUGGCCAGAACAAGAUCCAAAUUGGAACUUACAUGAGGAGGACCAAAAAGCUACCUAUUUAGUUGCAAUUGAUAAUCUGAUUGAAGCAAUUCGAAAGUGUGAUGAAAAAGUGACUAAUUGGUCAAAAGUUACAGAGUGCCAACAGGCUCCUGAUGAACACCCGGGAGACUUUUGGCACCGCUUGAGAAAAGCUUUAAUACAGUAUGGAGGAAUGACCGAAGAUAAUUUUCAGGAACCAUUGGCUAUUAGCAUUUUUGUCAAUCAGUCAGCCCCUGAUAUUCGAAAACAUUUUCAAAAACAUAUGCCUGGCUGGCAAGCAGAGAAUUUACAAAAAGUUCUCUCUGUUGCUAAUUUUGUGUAUAAUGGCCGUACAGAAGAGCAACAACGUAAGCUACAAUUAGAAAGGGAGGCUGAGCGCCUUCGGCAGGAGAAAGAACGUGAGGCCGAACGAAGACGGUAUCGGAGAGAUAGACAGGAAGAUAUGAACUUACUAGCUGUAGCCAUAGCUCAGGGGGUUUCCGCAACUCGGGGACGUGGGUAUCCCCGAGGAGUCCGAGGGGUAUUCCGAGCUCGCUUCCCUCGGGGCCAGGGACUCCUCGGCAGAGGAAUCAGGAUGGGAAGUUCCUUUCCACCCAUGGGGGGUUCUUUCCCUGUUACAAACCCUGCUGUUACCAACCCUACGAAUGACGCAAUGCAAUUAACCUGUUUUUGGUGUGGUAAUUUAGGACACAUGCAACGUGAAUGCCCGUUGCGACCCCAAUAUCAACCAGGAGCUACUCUACCUGCACCUGCUGCCACUGCUGGUAGUCAACUUGGUGGUAUUACUGACGCCCCUUCUGCUCCGCCGCCUCCAUAUCGUCGUAGCUACUCUCAGUAAGCAUUGCAUAAUGACCUUAGAAAUUUCCUCUACAGGCCAUGUCUUAGCUGAUGUUAAUGGAAAAUCAGUCUCUUUCUUAGUAGAUACUGGGGCUACACUCUCGCUUCUCAACUUUGAUGUGCCACAAACAUCGCAGGAAAUGAUUGCUAUCAAGGGUGUUACAGGCUCUGUGCUUAACCAUGCUCUCUCUAAACCACUCCCUGUUACUUUAGGCGAUAAAGUUACAUGGGCUCGCUUUAUUGUUGCACCGGGGGCACCGACUUCUUUGCUGGGACAAGAUCUCUUACAAGAGUUUGGUACUCAAUUGACCUAUGGUAAAGGUAAAGCCAAAUUGAUUUUUAUUGGAAGUGUUUUCACUCUAGAUCAUACUCCGAAGAAAGAAGUGGCCAUUCCCUGGGAAUUGCGGAAUGUCCCUUCUGGACUUUGGAGUCGUACAACUAAAGAUAUUGGUCUUUUGAAGUCUGCGCUGCCGGUUGUUAUUAAAACUAAAGGUGGUCACCCUCCUGCUAUUAAGCAAUAUCCAAUACCAGCUGUUGCAUUACCGAGUUUGCGAAAACAAAUUCAAACCUUUCUCGAUGAAGGGAUUCUAAAACCUAUUAUGAGUCCAUUUAAUACCCCAAUUCUUCCAGUUAGUAAAAAUCGACUAGAUGAGGAUGGAGAUCCUGAGUACCGUUUUGUACAAGAUUUACGGGCUAUCAACGAUUAUGUUGAAGCUCCGCACCCAGUUGUACCAGAUCCAAGUUUAAUUUUAACCGAAAUUCCAUCUUGGGCGCACUGGUACACUGUUUUAGAUCUGACAGGAGCUUUCUUUAGCAUACCUGUAGCAGAAGAAAGCCAUCCUUUGUUUGCCUUCACUUGGGAAGGUCGCCAAUUGACUUGGACUCGGCUCCCUCAAGGCUUUACUGCUUCCCCUACCUUGUUUUCGCAAAUUCUCAAAUAUGAUCUCCAAGAUAUUGAAUUGCCAAACAAAUCUGCACUGAUUCAAUAUGUUGAUGAUUUGCUUGUUGCUAGCCGAACUCGGGAGGCCUGUGCAAUUGAUACAGAGCACCUUUGCAUUCGACUAUAUCAUAAGGGUCAUCGUGCCUCAUUAGCUAAGUUACAAUUCUGUGAACCAGAGGUAAAAUAUUUGGGCUUUGUUUUAGCAGGAGGAGUUCGAAAGAUUGAUCCCGACAGAAUCAACGCUAUUCUUCAAAUUACACCACCUGUUACUAAAAAACAAAUGAGAGCUUUCCUUGGCCAAGCUGGGUUCUGUCGACCAUGGAUUUUAGGGUUUAGCGAACUAGCUAGACCACUUAUUGAAACUACAAAGGACAAAGCUCCAGAGCCAAUUGUCUGGACGCCAGAAUUGUCCGAUGCCUUUGCAUCUUUGAAGCAAGCCUUAGUCACAGCCCCAGCUUUAGGCCUGCCAAAUUACUCUAAACCUUUCACUUUGUAUGCUACCGAGAAGGGUGGCAUUGCAAAGGGGGUCCUAGUACAACCUCAUGGACCCUAUGAAAGACCUGUGGGUUAUUAUUCAGUUGCUCUUGACCCAGUUAUCAAAGGGUCGCCACAUUGCCUUAGAUCAGUAGCAGCAGCUGUGGAAUUAGUGGAAAAAGUUCGCCCACUUGUUCUGGGUCACAAAUUGAUUGUUGCCGUGCCUCAUGAAGUUGAACUUUUACUAACCCGAUAUGCUACCAAGUCUCUCUCACCGCAGCGCACACAUCGAUACGAAGCCAUCCUGCUACUGACUGAUAAUAUCUCUUUAAAACGGUCAAAACCCUUGAACCCAUCUACCCUUCUACCUGAGGUGCACCUUUCCAAUGACCCACACGACUGUGUGCAAUUCGUCACCACUUAUUCUAAAACCAGAGAAGAUUUGCAAGAUGUUCCUCUCGCCCACCCGGACCUUAACCUGUUCACAGACGGAUCAAGUUACUAUCUGCAUGGUAAGCGUUUUACUGGUUUUGCUGUUGCCACUGAAAAUCGCGUACUUUUUGCUGAACCUCUCUCUCCAGCACUUGGAGCACAAGCCGCAGAACUAAUUGCCUUGACUCGUGCUGCAACGUUUGCUAAAGGUCUCCGAGUUAAUAUCUAUACAGACUCUAAGUACGCUUUUGGCAUUUGUCAUUCUGUUGGCGCACUUUGGAAAGAACGCGUUUUUUUGACCUCCGCCGGUCAUACUAUUGCUCAUGGACAAUUAAUUCAUGAUUUGCUGCUCGCUAUCCAGGAACCACGAGAAAUUGCUGUUAUUUACAUUCCUGCUCAUACUAAACGCCUUGAUUCUUUCGCUCAUGGCAACGCCUUGGCCGACUCCGCGGCGAGAGCGGCAGCAGUCCACGAUGCAUCUCCUGCUACGACUGUGGUUGCUACCCUUCUUCCUUUUCCCGUUGGUCCUGCCCUUUAUGAUGAACUGGAUGAAGAAGAGCUCAACAAAUGGAAACGCUGGGAAGCAACACAACAGGACAGCAUCUGGAAACUAGGUGAUAAACCUUUAUUGCCUAUGAGGUAUGUCCUUCCUCUAACUCGCUGGAUUCACGAUCAUACUCAUGGGGGGCCUGAAGCUGUAGCUUCUAAAAUCCAACAGUUGUGGGCAGCGCCUGGAGUUUACAGUGCUGCAAAACGCCUGACUGACUCUUGUACUCUUUGCAAGAAAUAUGGGGUCACAAAGGUCACAACAGUCCCUGGCAAGCGGCCGCCUGCUUACUUUCCUUUCCAGAAACUGCAAAUUGAUUUCGCAGAACUCCCCCCUUCUAUGGGAUAUAAGUACAUUCUUGUUAUUGUUGAUCAACUUUCGCACUGGGUGGAAGCCUUUCCUACUCGCAAGAACGAUUCGAAAAUUGUGGUUAAGACCCUGCUUCGUGAUAUCAUUCCGAGGUACGGUAUCCCUGAAAUUAUUGAUUCUGAUAGGGGACCGCACUUUACUGCUGCUGUUCUAAUGCAAGUUUAUGUUGCUCUUGAUAUACAGGCUGCCUUUCACACGCCCUACCAUCCACAAUCUUCUGGUCAGGUAGAGCGGAUGAAUCGCACUAUUAAAGAUCGUUUGGCAAAAGUCACUGCAGACACAGGUCUCAAAUGGCCUGAAGCAUUACCGCUUGUUUUAUGGGAUCUUCGUACAACUCCUCAUGCUACUACUAAACUCAGCCCCGCUGAAGUUUUGUUCGGGCGAGUUUUGGCAGUUCCGUUUACCUUUAUGUCUGCCAAAACUGCCCUCCUGGAAGGGGACGAGGCAGUAACACAGUACUUGCUCUAUCUGCAAAACAGUUUUACUCAGAUCAGAAAUCAUAUGCAUUGGUAUCAAGGAGUGACACCAGAAAUUCAAGAAUUGCGUAACCUAUCUCAGAUUGUUUUACAGAAUCAAAUGGCUUUAGACAUCCUGUUAGCUUCGCAAGGAGGUGUCUGUACCAUGCUAAACUCCAGUUGCUGUAUGUAUAUCGAUCAGAGUAAGCAAUUGAUAACUGAAGUGGAUAAAAUCUGGAAAGUUAGUCAUGUUAUGCAGCAAAUUCAACGAGAUGACGCUAACUGGGGUGUCGCAGACCUGUGGCAAUGGAUGACUUCCUGGUUUCCUGAUCUCGGAACGUUAGUGAAGAAGAUUUUGAUGAUUGUCAUUGUCAUUGUAAUUGUCUUUGUGAUCAUUUUUGUUUUGAUUCAUUGUAUGUCAAUGUUUUGUAAUUGUUGCUGUAAUCUCUUGAAUCAACAGAAGCUUUAUUAUCGUUAUCAGUAAAUUGGGAAAUUUUAAAGAGAAAAUGGGGGACUGUUGUAGGAAAAUAGGAAAUUAGGAUUUUAGGCCUAUAUCAGUGUUAUAAGCUGUGCUGCUAUGGCUGAAAGUCUCAGCUUGUCCCCUGUACAGUCCUUACCCAGAACCACGAGCGUGGUUACCUUAUGCUUGCUUUGUACCUUUAGUUAAGACAUUGAUAAAUACUAUUCUUAGGGUUGCUGAUUUCUAUGCUAGACUGGUGAACUAUGGAUAACAAAUGAGACAGGUGGAACUUCAAAAGAAGCCAGCCCUGCGACUGAUGACCUGUCGUUCUGUACUUGCCAAGAAAGAAGAAGUGGAACCUGCAGACCACUGGAACGGAAGGAACCUGAGGAUAUCGACAGUGAUAGAUAUCGACAGUGAUAGACAGUGAUAGAUUUUGUUUAGUUGCAUAAUACCUGUUAGAACCCUAUAUAAUGACUAGUUAUACUGCUGUAUGAUUGUCACUCUCUGAAGAGGUGACCCAACGCUGCUGUUCCUGUGAAUCUUCUACAAUAAAUACUGCUCAGAGUAA